GGCCAAAACCUUUCAAGUUUGAACGUGAAGAAGUUUCUAGAAAGAACGAGAUAUUACCGAUGACGACGACCACCACCACCGCCGCGCAAAUUCCGACAAGUUUCGGUCAUGAACUCCGAGCAUGUCGUCGUUGCCGCCUCGUCAAAACCUACGACCAGUUUCGUGAUACAGGGUGUGAGAACUGUCCUUUCUUUAAGAUGCAUGAAGAUUCUGACAUUGUUGCCGAUUGCACCACUGGUACUUUCAACGGGAUCAUCGCUUUAAUGGACCCUUCCCGCAGUUGGGCUGCUAAGUGGCUUCGAUUUGGAAAGUUUGUUCCAGGCUGCUACACACUGGACGUCUCUGAAACACUAUCGGAUGAAAUGCAGUCUAUUUGCCACGACAAUGAUGUGAGAUACAUUCCACCAAAACAGGCAUGAGCAAGAGUAGAUAUGGGCAUCGUUGUAAGCUAACUCGGUAGUUGUAAGCUGACUUGGUAGUUGUAACUUGUAAGCUUUGGUAUCAAACUUAACCUGGGCUAAACACUUGCUUCAGCGGACGCGUACUGUUUGCUGUGUUGGAGAUUUUCCUUUAUAUAUAUAUUAAAACUUUAGUAA